AUGGAUCGUUAUUUGAAAAGAUCUAAUCAGGAUCGGGAAGUUUCUAAUGACGAUGGAUUACGAAAGAAGAGGAAGAAUAAUCAAAAGUUUAGAGAGGAAUAUACUAAAAAGUUUCCUUGUUUAGUAUCGGGAAAAGAUGGCUUUGCGAAAUGCAAUAUUUGUAGUUCGGAAUUCUCAAUUGUCCACGGUGGACUGGAUGAUUGUCGCCGACACGUGAUCGGUCCUAAACAUUGUGCUACUGCAAAAGCACAGGUGCAUCAGCAACCUAUUAACAAUUUUUAUUCUUCCAAAUUAGAAGAAAAUGGAGUGAUUAAAGCUGAAGUAUUGUUCGUACGGUUUUUAAUUGAGCACAAUAUUUCUCUAUCUGCUUCCGAUCAUUCUGGCGCCUUAUUUAAAAAAAUGUUCCCAGAUUCCGACAUUGCAAAAAAGUAUGGAUGUGGACAUACCAAGACCCAGGCAAUAACUGUUUCCACUGCUGAGGGGAUAAGAGAGAGUACUCUAAGUAAGCUCAGAACCUCAUUAUUUUCUCUUUCCACUGACGGAAGCAAUGACAUAUCAGAUAAAAAGCUAUAUCCUUUAAUUUUUAAUUAUUAUGAUGAAGAAAAAGGACAAAUCGUAUCAUCACUGGUUUCUUUAUCUGAAUCAACUAACAACACUGGUGAGGGAAUUUUUCAACUUCUUGAUGGAGAGUUUAAAAAAUAUCUACUGAAGUGGGAGAGUUGCAUAGCAUUCAGUUCUGAUAAUGCUAACACAAUGGCUGGAUGUAAUAAAGGUGUUUUGAGCUAUAUAAAACAGAAGCAACCAAAUAUAAAAUUCAUUGGAUGCCCUUGUCAUUUGGUUCAUCUAGCAGCUCAAAAAGCUACAGCAUCAUUGCCCGUUGAUGUGGAGAAUUUGGUGAUAAAAGUUUUUUACUACCUUGAAAAGAGUAGUAAAAGAAAGUAUGAAUUUAAAAACUGUCAGAUAGAAUGUGAUGUGAAACUUCACAAGAUUUUAAAACAUGUUUCAACUCGGUGGUUAAGUUUAGAAAAUUCUCUAAAGAGACUAGUUGAGCAGUGGGACCCAUUGCUAAUUUUUUUUUCACAAUCUGAUGUUAAAGAGAAUGCUACCUCAGAAAAAAUAAAAGAGUUACUUAAAUCAAACAAAACAAAGAUAUAUUGUGUUUUUGUUACAUCGAUAUUGCCUGUAUUCACCAAGGUUCCUAAAGCACGCUGUUUUUAA